UCAGGGUGCCGUGUUGCGGUCACACUAUUUGCGCAUUAUUUUAAAAUUGAACGGACAACUGAAGACGCUGCUUCUCUCUGUUCUCAUUGGAAAUAGUGCGAAAAUUGGUUUUCCACGCCAGCCUUCUGUAAAUAGUAGUUACAGUUAUCAGCAUUCGGCUCGGUGGAAGGUGAAGCACAAGGAUUUCCAGGAAUCAAACACACACACACACGCAUACCGAUACACGCGACAGGCGUCAUUUUUUGGACUGUACGCGCUAAAACCACAAUUAAUUGUUUCAAUUGAUCAAUAUGGACAUAUCUGGUGGGAAUACGUCGCGCCAGCCCCAAAAGAAGUCCAACCAAAACAUCCAGGUGUAUGUGCGCGUCAGACCCCUUAAUUCUCGGGAACGUUGCAUCCGCUCGGCCGAAGUCGUGGAUGUGGUCGGACCACGGGAAGUGGUCACCCGCCACACGCUGGACUCCAAGCUCACCAAGAAGUUCACCUUUGACCGCAGUUUUGGCCCCGAGUCCAAGCAGUGCGAUGUCUACUCCGUCGUGGUGUCUCCGCUGAUCGAGGAGGUCCUCAAUGGCUAUAACUGCACGGUGUUUGCUUAUGGCCAGACGGGCAACAAUCUGCGUCCGCCCAAGUCACUUUACAUCGAGGUGCGCUGCAUGGAGGACUAUGGGAAGUUCGAGCUGGACGACGGCGAGGUGAUCCACCUGAAGAAGAACAGCCAGCACUAUCUGCCCCGAGCUCAGGUGGAGUCUCUCGUGAGGCAGGGCAUUCUUCACCACAUAGCCUAG